AUGAUUGAAAAUAAUAAUAACAACAACAACAAUAAUAAUAACAAGAUUAAUAACAUCAAAAUAAUAAGUCGAAAACAAAUUUUUUCACGGAUUAAAAAAUUAAUAAUAAUAUUCAUUAUAUUAACGUUAUUAAAUUCUUUUAUAAAUUUAAUUUUUGAACAAAUUAACAACGCGUUGAAUGAUGAUGGAACUAAUAUAUCGAAAAUACAAGGUUUAGAAAGGAUAAAAGUUCAACUAACAAAUGAAUCAUCACAUGACGUGAAAAUUAAUAGAAAAUAUUGUGGCAAAGACGAGUGUAGAUUCCUAUUGGCUUAUCAUCCAUUAGAACAAGAAUCUCAGGCAAAUAUGCAUUUUGAAUCAUUCGUACAAAUAGCUCAACGUUUAAAUCGUACGAUAGUCUUACCAAAUGUUGGUGGAUCAAGAAUGCAUGUAUGUCUCCCAUUCUCAUUUUCAUUUUAUUAUGACGUGGAUGGAUUACAAAAAAUCUUUCCUAUGGCACAAUUUAUAACACAACAAGAUUUUAUGAAAUGGACAAAAGAAUUGGAUGAAAAACCUGAUACAUAUCACGCUAAUAUAAUACCAAGAGAAAAACCAUUUGUAGUUGAAUAUGAAGAACCUACAAUUCGUACCAUUAAGACUUUAAAUAAUAAAGAAUGUUUAAAUCAAUUUGAUUUAAAAUUAGAUUCUGUCACCACCAAAUUUAAAACAAUUUAUUUAGGUGUAAAUGUUUUAUAUCCUCCUACAAAAGAUAAUAUGAAAAUUGAAAAUUUUAUGAAAAGUGAAUUACAAACUAAUUCCAAAGUAUUAUUAAUGACACAUCAUUUAUCAACACUUUUAUUUGCUGAUACAAUAAAAUUUCCCGUCAUACCUUAUUCAAAAAAAAUAAUUGAUAUUCAACAAAAUAUUACAAAAAAACUUGGUAAUUAUCUUGCAAUACAUUGGAGAUUUGAAAAAGGUAAACCUAAAUUAAUGACAAAAUGUGCAAAAAAUUUGAUUGAUUGGAUAAAAGAUUUCUCUAGAGAUAAUAAAAUAGAUAAUAUUUAUCUUGCUACUGAUUAUCCUUUACAAGGUAAAGCUCAAUCUUCUAGUUUUUUUAAUAUUAAAGAAGAACAUCAUCAAGCUAUGCGUAUGCUUAAUAGUACUAUUAAAUUAAACACUUGGAUAUCUUUAAAUGCUUUGGACGAUUUAAAGAGUGAUCAAGAUGAAAAAAUCAAUAAAGAGUUAAAAGGAAGCGGAAUACAAGGAAUUUUUGAUAAAUUGGUUUUAAUUAAUGCUGAUUGGUUUGUUUCUGGACCUAUAGGAUGUGCAAGAAUACAAAGUAGGUACACUAGACGUAUUAGAUAUGCUAGGGACAAAUUGAAAAAUUCUGGAAAUAACAAAAUCAAGAAUAUUUCAACUUUGUGGAGAAGCGUGUGA